GACACGCUUAACAGUCUCACACACAUUGGAGCACGACUGAACUAAAAACACACACUAACACUCCUCAACUCCGCCGAUGGGGGGGACAUAGACACCAGAUGAGAUUUGUUUCCAAACGCGCACCGAUGGCGGUGAGAGGCGUUUGGCUGAGAAGUACGCGCGGCUCUGUGGAUUUGUAAAGCUUGAUUUUUUGGGGGUAUACAUCUUUCUUCCGAUCAGGAUCCUGGUUCAGAGGACAUAAACAAAGAUAUGGAUUACUCAGUGUGCCUACUUUUACUCCUGUCAACCAUUUCGUCUGUGUCGACCGGACAAUUCCCAUCAGAACAGAUGAUUAAAGAAUGGGUGGACCAGAUGCAGAAAGAGUUAGUCACAUUGGUAGACACAGCCAGUGGAGUGGAGGAUCUAAUACGGAUAUAUAAGGACCACAGACCUGACUUCGACGUGGGGUACAACAACCCGAGGGAACUGGUGUCAACAGCUGCUGGGAAUAUAGAGAAACUCCUCACUAACCGCUCCCAAGCCCUGACGCGCCUGGCAACAGAAGCCGAGAGACUCCAGAGGGAGCACGAGUGGCAGGAAGACAGCGAUGCCAACAAGUUCAUUUACUACUACGCCAAAGAUAAACUGUAUGAAACAGACAAAGACAAACAAAGGAAGAAUGCAUAUAUUCCAGAAGAUCUUACGAUGGAUUCUGACUUCAAACGACUCGUCUCGUACAACACCACUGCUGUGCACAUCCCUACGGAUAUAUACGAAGGCUCCAACAUUAUUCUGAAUGAGCUCAAUUGGACGGAGGCCUUGGAAGAUGUUUUCCGCAAAAACAAAGAGGAGGACCCCUCGCUCCUCUGGCAGGUGUUUGGCUCUGCCACCGGACUGGCUCGCUACUAUCCAGCAUCUCCUUGGAUCAAUGCAAACAGUUCAGACGAUAAGAUUGACCUCUAUGAUGUGCGCAGGCGUCCGUGGUACAUUCAGGGGGCGGCGUCACCCAAGGACAUGCUGAUCCUGGUGGAUGCGAGUGGCAGCGUUUCCGGUCUAACUCUCAAACUCAUACGAAUAUCUGUAAGCAAGAUGCUGGAGACCCUCUCUGACGACGACUACGUCAACGUGGUUUAUUUCAAUGACAAAGCCAUGCACGCGACGUGUUUCGAGAACCUGGUGCAGGCAAACACACGCAACAAGAGGAAACUCAAAGACGCCGUGCAGACCAUCACUGCCAAGGGCACCACCAACUACAAAAGCGGCUUCGAGCUGGCGUUUAAACAGCUCGCAGAGGUGAAUGUAUCAAGAGCAAACUGCAACAAGAUCAUCAUGCUCUUCACUGACGGAGGAGAAGAGCGGGCUGAGCAGAUAUUUGAAAAAUACAACCCUUCACAAGAGGUGCGCAUCUUUACUUUUUCAGUAGGUCAACACAACUACGAUAAAGGACCAGUCCAGUGGAUGGCCUGCCAGAACAAAGGAUACUACUAUGAGAUUCCAUCUAUUGGAGCCAUCAGGAUCAACACCCAGGAGUAUCUGGAUGUCUUGGGUCGGCCCAUGGUUCGAGCCGACAAAAAGGCCAAACAGGUUCAGUGGACCAACGUCUACCUGGACGCACUGGAACUCGGCCUGGUGAUCACUGGAACUUUGCCUGUCUUCAAUAAGACCAACACGGGCUCAAAGAAAUCUCAAAACCAGCUCAUUCUGGGUGUAAUGGCUAUAGACGUCUCCCUGGAAGAUAUCAAGAGGCUGACACCUCGCUUUACUUUUGGACCAAAUGGUUACUACUUCGCCAUUGACCCCAAUGGAUAUGUGCUUCUUCACCCUAAUCUCCAGCCAGGGACCGUCCAGUUUCAUGAACCGGUAACGCUGGACUUCUUGGACGCAGAGCUGGAGAACGAGAUCAAAGUGGAGAUGAGAAGAAAAAUGAUUGACGGUCUGACGGGGAAUUACACAAUUUCUACUUUGGUGAAAUCCCAAGACGAGCGCUACAUUGAUUUAGGCCAGAGGACGUACACCUUUGCACCAGUGAAGGGAACAGAUUACAGCCUGGCCCUGGUGCUUCCUGACUAUAGUAUGCAUUACAUCCGGACAACCAUCAGUGACACAAUCACCCAGGCAAAAUGGGAAAAUGUUUCUGAAAGCCUGCUGGUGGACAAAUUUGAUGAAUACGGCUACACGUUCAUCGCGCCAAGGGUGUACUGUAAGGACUUAAAGCCACCAGACAAGAACACAAACAACACAGAGUUCCUCACGGAGUUCAACGAUUACAUCGACAUAAGGACUCCAAACGAUCCCAGUUGUAAUGUGGAGCUGGUGAACAGAUUGCUCCUGGAUGCUGGCAUCACCUCAGAACUGGUGAAGACUUGGAAAGAUAAGGAGUCACCGCAUGGUGUCUCGGCCAGAUUUGUUGCCACCGAUGGAGGGAUCACGCGAGUCUACCCCAAGAGCGCUGGGAUGGACUGGACAGAAGAAGCAGAGACGUAUGAGUCAAGUUUCUAUAAGCGGAGCUUGGACAAUGAACUUUAUAUCUUUACACCGUAUGCUAAAAAAGAAAGCAUAAUGGAAUCACUUCUGGUGAGCAGAGCAGUAAACCUCAAGAUUGAUGAUAUCAUACUCAAACCUGCCGUGGUCGGUGCAAAGAUGGACAUCAGCGCCUGGAUGGCGAUCUUCAUCAAUAUCACUCAGAAGAUGAAUUGCAAUGAUGAGAUCUGUGGCUGCCUUCGAAAUGACAAGAAUGUAGAUUGUGUCAUUCUGGAUGAUGGUGGCUUCCUCGUGAUGACCAAUCAGGAGGGUGAUAUUGAAAAGAUUGGCCAGUUCUUUGGUGUCAUCGACCCGAUCCUCAUGAGAAACCUUGUCAACUCGUCCCUGUUCACCUUUAAAAAGACCUUCGACUACCAGUCGCUCUGUGACCCCAAGAGAGAGAGCAAGGCGGCUGCAGGCCUGCGAUCUGUCUAUGUGCCCACAAUUGCAGAUAUUUUGAAUCUUGGAUGGUGGGCAACGGCUGCAGCAUGGUCACUGCUGCAACAGUUACUGGUCAGCAUCACAUUCCCCAAUUUCCUGGAUGCAGCUGAGAUGGAGGACGAUCAGGCAGACGUGAUGCAGAAAGAGGUCUGCAUAACAGAGCAGAUUCAGUUCUACUUUGAGACCGACAGCCUGACCUUCAGAGGUGAAAUUGACUGUGUGAACUGCAGCAGGAUGUACCAUGCGGAAAAGCUCCCAAAGACCAACCUGGUUUUUAUCAUCGCUGAUGGAAAAGACACCUGCAAAUCCUGUGACAACAAGCUGUUAAUACAGGACGAACAGCAGUCUGACGGUCCCGAUCCCUGUGAGCUGGCCCAGAAUCCUCGGUACAGGAAAGGGCCUUCAGUCUGCUUUGACAACACAGAGAAUGAGGAGGACCCUGACUGUGGAGGGGCGUCCGGACUGAGUCCCUCACUCUGGCUGAUGGUGGCCCUCCAGCUGGUGCUGCUCUGGGUUUUGUCCGGCUCCAGACACCCCGCCAUCCCAUCAUGACCUUUCGAACAUCUUGAUCCCACCCUCACUCUCCUCCCCUCGGUUAUCUCCAAAAAUGGCAACCAGCUCGCCAACCAAAAUGACGAACGCCUGAUGAGAGGCGAUUGUAAUGAACAAUCAAACACCUGUGAGCCCUACAUCCUGUGCGGUCUGUUUUUGAUACCCCCUUUCAAAGUGAUUUUGCAAAUGUACAAGCCUCUGAAGAAAUGGAUAUUGAAAGAUAUUGGCUUGAAGGACCUAUACCUAUCCUUCAACAAGACACUGGUCCCUGCCAACAACGAUUAGAGGAAUCCAGUGAUUGGCUGACGUGGAAAUGUUAAUGACGACUGAAGUGAGACUGCCUUAUAGAGUCAGAUGGAUUUGAAUCAUGAUGGGGAGGACUUUACAGUUAUCGAAGAUGCUGGGCAGUUUUCUUCACCACUGCCAGAUUAAGCGCCACCCUUUGCAAGGGAACACUUUUAUUUGAGUUGAUUUGCAGUGGGCAUAGUUUAGAUAUUUGUUGUUUCUGUGGUUGAGAAUUCAGCUAAGAUUGCAGUAACAAAUGCCAAAUUCUUGCACCACAAGCUCCUUCUUUUGCCUCUGUUGGGUUGCUGAUGAAAGUGUGGUUUGAGUUCACCAUGUUAGACCACACCACCAAGAACAUUUUUACUAAAUCUCAGAGGAUUCUCAAGAUGCGGCAUCUUUGUUUUCGCCACAUGUGGAUACAAUAUGGAGAUCAUGUUCAUCUGCCACAGAGCGCCUGCUUCUAAGAGUACGGUUUUCCAUUUCUAAGCUGAUCGUCCAACCAUGAGCCACAAUCGAGUGAGUGGUCAACGAUCUGGAUUUCCUACCUUGUUGUUGGAUUGCUCCAAUGAGAACUUUGCUGCCAUAGUGCACAUCAACCAAUCCAGGUGAGCCUGGCUGGUGUCCUAUGCAUGCUCGCUGGACAAUUCUCUAGUGCCAUGUGGACUUUGUGACUCAGCAAACUUUUAGCUUUUUAGACAGUGGCCGCAGAGCGAAACAGUGUAGUAUUUGCGUUACUACUUACUAUUUAUUUAAAUGAGGAUGGCAUGCUACUGUUUUUUUGUUGCCACCAUAACAGGAAAUGAAAUGGGGCUUUGAAAACACAUUAGUCAUUCAUGUCAGAAAAGCAGCAACAUUUAGGACAUCUGUAUUAACCACUGUCACUGUGUUAAUUCUAUGUUUUUUUGUUAUUUAUCUUGAAAGUUUAGCUCUCCCUCUUGCAGUGUGGUGUAACAUCGCCUAUCAGAAAUUACUGCAGUCAGUCUGAACUUCUGAUCCUACCUUUCAUUUUGUGUGCCUUCUUUUUCAUUAGUUACAUAGCUAAAAGAUGCUAACGUGUAGAAAUUUACAGCGUUUCUGUAGAUUGUUUUAUUUUAACGGUGUCAUCAUGUUUGCCUGAGUGCACGGCAGAAAAUUGUCUUACCAACCUGAUUCUGUAAAGCUGGCUUCACACUAGACAAUUUUAGGCCCGAUUUUGGCCCGGUUCCCUCCUCUUAUGAUUGGGAGGGCACGACUUUAUGAUUAUGUGAUGUCAGUAUUAUUAUUUUAUCCAGUCAGAGCCUUUCCAGUCUUGAAUAUUAAAUAUCAACCAGUUCAUUAUACAGUGCAGCCUGUGAAUCGGCCAAAAAUUGGUAAAACUUGACGUUUAAUUGUUAAAACCUCACUUCCUUUUAAUUUUCCCCCUGACCAUUUUUUGUUUGUCUGGACAGGAUACAUGUGUGUACUGAUUUUCAAGUAUGUAGUUCAUAUCUACUCAAGGGAUUGCAAAUUCAGAGCAUUAGGGGGCGCUGUGUUUCAGCAUUUUGAAGCCCACAAAGUAGCAUUUUGCAGAAAAAUAAAUAUCAUAAUAUUUUUUCAGUUUCAAUUGGGUCCUUGCAUCCUCAAGGGUGAAGAGGUCAUAAAAAUUAGUGAUAUUAUGAUUCCAGGCAUGUUUUUUUUUUUUUUAACUAUAGCCAAUGAGAGCCAGCAGACUGGGUAGCGUUGACAGUGGGAUUUUGCUUUUUUUUUUUUUUUUCAGCUAGCUGAAAAUGUAAGUCAUCCUCCAUAUUUGUUUUUCUCCUGGAGGGGCAGGUGUGUGGUCUCACAGUCUGACAGAAUAGUCUAGUACAGUGGUUCUCAACUGGUGGGUCAGGACCCAAAAGUGGGUCACAAAGAUCUUUCAAGUGGGUCGCAAAAUGUGUGCCAGGGAAAAAUGUGGCAAAAAGUCUACUGUAUGGAAGCCCUAAGGGGACAUAUGUACAUACGUGUAUUCUAUAGGUUUUCCUAUGAUAAUAAGUAAACUUCACUGUUUGUCUCAAGAUUUCAAUUCAUUUUUAUCUUUUUCUCUGGAUAAAAAGCAGGUUUUUCCAAGAAUUUGAUGAAAUUCCUUGUGAAAUUACCAAAUUUUCAAGCUGUCUUAGGAAGAUUGGGUAAAAUGAAAUUCAUGCAUGCAUUUCCUUCUGUAAUGAAGCUCUUUUAUUACAGUGAUAAAUCUUUGGUUGAUUAUGUUUUGUUCCAUUUAGGGACCCUAACCCUAACCCUAACCCUAACGGCCAAAUUCUUUGUUUUAUAAAUUUGAGUGGUUGAAAUUUUUCAAAAAUUUGGGGUGCGAUUUCUCUUAAAAGAGGCUGGACCAGUUGAGAACCACUGGUCUGGUCAAAACUGGUUGAAAUCGUCCUUAUGUUUGUUCUCCCAGUUUUUUAAACAUCAGCUAAGUUUUGAAAAUCGUCUAGUAUGUUGCCAGCUCACAACUCUGCCAAAAAUGAGAAAACGACAUCUUCCAUGAAUACACUUUUAAAGAUGAAAAUGUUCAGUCCAUGCAGAAUAUGCAAUAUAUAGACAAAGAUGUGUGUUUUUUUUAUUUAUGUAUUUAUACACCUCUUAAGAUUGAAACUACUGCUUGAUUUGAAGGGUAAAUACAAACAGAAAUUUAUGUGACGUGACUGUUGCUGCACUUGAGUUUGUGAAGAAGAAAGAAGCUAAUUUUGAUUUUAAUAAUGUGUGUUGGUUUUGGGAAAGACUUGACAAUCAAGGGUUAAACGGAUUCAUAUGCUGUACAGUACCUCAUUAGUUCAUAAAGAGGGUAAAAAACAGAUUUAUGUCACUAGAUAUUUUAAAAACAAGCUGGUUUAAUGGUUAAUAGCAUCACCAAAUUUCCCUCCAGUUUACUCCAAAAUAGUUUCUGUGUCAACUGUUGAAAUGUGUUUUAGGUGACACUUUACUGACACUAAACCUAAACCAGGGAUUGCAUCUUUUUUUAUGUGUGCAUAAUGGUAAAACACUGACACAUGUUUGCAGAAAGCUUUCUUUAUACUGUCGGGAAGAGAAAACCACUUUAAAAAAGCAUCAUAAUUUCUGUGCGUCACAACACCACUGCCAUCUAUUUCUCACUCUUUUUUUAAAAGUCCCAUCAUUCUGGAGUCAAAUUUUCUGAAGUCAGGGGGAUUUAAGGUGCACUAUUAACUCUCAAUGUUUUAAUGAUCUAUAUCAGUCCGUAAAAUGUGGUGAAACUAACACUGAUAUUUAUGCUCCACAUUUACUAACUCAAGAAUAUUAAGUGCCAUAUAGGACUCUCGUAUUCUCUCGUGGAGAAACCUAUUAUCAUAAUAUAACAUUUAUGCAAUUUAUCAAAGCAAGAUGUAAGUCUCUUAAAUGGUUUCUCUGUGCUGCAUGGUAGUGGCUGACUAAUUUAAAAGAAAAAAGCAUAUCCUGUGUGCUCCGGCUUUAGUGUGUAAUGUUGGGAAGCAUAAUGUUCAGGCAUUUGUUCAUGAUAUGAUAUGAUAUGAUCAGCUAUAACUGCCUUUCUCUUGAGGGGACAGCAGCCUGAGUCAGCAAGAGAGAGUGAACCUGGUUUGCCAGCGUGAUGUUUGAAUGCUCUAGUCGGUCUGUCUGAUUGGUCCAGCCCAUGUAGGAUUAUCAAUUAUGUAAGGAUCAUACCAGUGAAUCAGCAAGAUUUAGUGUGCUUAUAACAAAUUAGAAAUGUAAGACAAAAAAACAUGAUGUUCUUGUUUGCCUUUUACUCUAGUGCCACUAUGAGGCUGGCAUUUGCAAUUUUAGGAGAAUGUCCAUAAAGUUACCGUUAGCAAAAACUCUCCAAUAAAUAUAUCAUAACCCUGUUGUUAUAUAAUAUAUGGUGUUUUAACUAAUUAUAGCACAACCAUCCAGUCAAAUUUGUCCAACAAUUUGGAAUUUGAAAAACCUUAAUAUCCCAUAAACUUCAGCAUUACUUUACAAUUCCUACAAAAAUUUAAUAAGUUAAAAUAAAAUGUUAGCUAAAAACUAUAUUAGGAUGACAAGAAAGUAAACCAUUCUCAUUGUCAUUGUAGCUCAAAUGUAAGCUGCUUCAUGUGUUCCCUUAAAUAAGGGAAAGUUAGCUAGCAUGCUACAUUAAACUUAAUUUGUUUAGCAAUAGUAGUAUUAACUUUAAGCACAAACAUGUUCAUUAUUUGCAUAUACCUAUACAAAAUUUAUAUCUCUCCAGUCAUAAACUGUACAGUUUAUGUCCUGAAAUUUUGGCUAACAGGACAAACUAGGAUGCAGGUUAGCAGUGUGAUUAAUAUAUGCUUCCAAAUAGUUGAUUAAUUUGAUUUAAAACUAAUGACGCUAGCAUUCUUGGCGCGAAAUGUUAGCAAACAGGCUAAUGUAGGCUGAAAAAAAUUGUCAACAACAGCUACCCAGCAAAAGCAGGUUAGAAUGUAAUUAGCAUUUAGCAUAUAGCUGCGAAAACUAACUAUCUUGACUGUUUUUUUGUGUCUGGUAAAAAGCUAACAGGCUCAACUAGGAUAAAGAAAAACAACAUUAGCUGCUCAGCAAUAGCAGGUUAGCAUUAGCGUUACAAUUAAACUUAAAUGUGUCGACUUUCAUCUCUCAAAUUUUCAACUUUGUUUUCUGUUUAAUGAAGGUCAUGUUAGCUAAAAUAAAAAUUUUUUUUAGCUUAGCAAUAGCAGGUUAACUUUCCCAUAUAGGUCAGAUUUGUCAAUUGAUUAGAUACAAACCCAUAAAAAAACCAUGGCUCUUCCAUCUCUGACUGGACUAGUCUUGUAUUAGAAGUUACAUCUAAUAGGCUAAAGCAUGAUGAAGAAAACUGCUAAUAUUACUUGCUAAGCAACAGCAAGUUAAGUUUGUCUAAGUUUAAUUAUAAAAUUAUACAGAAAUGACUGGAUAUCAAUAAUUAGCUUAACAGUUUAAAAAAAAAAAAAGUUAAGUCAAUUACGACCAGCAGUUUUGGCCAUAAACCAAGAAUGAUUUUCUAAGAAGCUUUACUUGCAAAAACACUGGUAUGGUCCUUUAAGUCACUGUAGGCAUACAUCAUAGAGAUGUGAAACAAAGGGAAUAUGCACCUUCUUUAAUGCUGCAGCUGGAUUAUUUAUUAACAGAAUCCAUUGGAAAAAAAUUAAGGUGGGCUUCAUACUUAUCCAGAUGUUCCAUCCUUUUCCAAAGUGCUAAACUCAGAUGCUGUCACCUCAGGAACAAUAUACUCUCGAUGUGAUAUGAAGUGUUUUUGAUUAUGUUGGUGCUCUCUGUAUGGAUCGUGUGGGUUGGCCUCUUUUUUUUUUCUGGAAUCUUGAGGAUUGCCUAAUAUGUUUUUCUUGUGUCUGCUACCUUGCUGCCAGUCUUAGGCAGAUGAUUGGUGGGCCUGUCAGUCAACCUUGCUCUGCCUUAGAUUUCAAGGCAGGCUUUCGAUGGAGGCGUCCACCAUGUCAACCCUCACCAAACUCUGCUUUGGGAUGGUCUUAGUGGGCCUCUCUGUCAGUCUCCCUCGAUUGUGCUUUAGUGGAAUUUGAUUCUCCAGAAUCAGUCAUGUAAAAAUUUGUACAAAACUGAUGUUGUUCUCAACAAAAAGAAAAAAGAAUAUUUAUAAUCCUGGAGAGGAAUAACGUGUUUAUUCAUGUGCAAAUAAGGUAUAUUCAGAAUAAAAGUUUAUGAUUA